CAUUGACUUAUUUGCGAAAUGUAUGCCGGUUGACAGCACUGUUGGAAACGGGUUAACGAAUAGAAAUUAAUAAGAAUUUGUUAGUAGAGGGUAAUUUUCACGGUGGUAAUAAAAAACGCGGCGCAUGUGGGAUUUUAAGAAUCGAGUCAUAAUCUAUAGAAUAAGUCGAAAUCUAAAACACGAGGAAAGACCUUUCAGAAUGAGGAACACCAAUCUAUGAUAUCUGCGCGUUUGCUGUGCGUUUGCUGCGUGUUGUUAACGUUUAACGCUGGUACAAUAUUAUCUGAACAAACUGUGUCCUAGGUGGUUUACCAUUCCACUAUUUAUAUUUGCGCGUCUUGAUUUGACAUUGAACGACAACCAUAUGGGGAACUAUAUUGACAGAAACAGGAUUCUUAAAAGCAGAAUUUUCAGGCUAAGUGGCUUGGAAAUUUAUAAAAAAGACACUCUAUUUGUCAAGAGUUCUAUCAAUUUUUUUUUGCGAAGCGAAAUAAUGAUGUCAUUUUGUGAACGCCGGUGUUUUUAUUAGUUGAAUAUUUUGUCGUGUGUUUAUACUUUGCUAGACAUUCAACCUGUUAUCUUGUUGUAUUGACUGAUGCUACCCUUUUCGCACCUUUGUCUCUUAUUACGUGACCUGUCGCCAAAACAAAUGUAGGCAGCGGUGAUUGGUAGCGUACGGGCAUGACCCUGGAUUCCAUGGCUUCCUUAAAAACACAAUAUCUGGCGUAGUGAUAUUGCUGGACUAGAAGUCGAGAGAAAAAAGUAACCAAUAGCAUGUCUGUUUUGUCAAACCUGAUUGAUAGGGUAACCACAGGCCGGGACAGUGACCGAACACCUUCUAUUACAAACCACCAAUCACCCCCUUUAACCUGUAUGACAUCCAACACCGUAUAUGGAAACAGAUGUCAUAGAAACCCGACAGUCGCAAUGCAAGAGUCAUAGUUCAACUCUAUAGCCAGACACACUUCUGGCAACAGUGCUAGCUGAACUAUGGAUAUGCCGGUUACUAAUGCACCAGUGUGGAGCAACGAAGAUCUGACUGCCGACACCGCCCCGUCACAGCAUACACCGACAACACCGACUGGUAUACAGCAGUCAAAUAAAAUCCCCGGACACGUUAAUCAAUCGAGUCAGCAACCACUGCCUGGACAAAUGUGUCCGGCACCACAAGCUACACCGCCCACCCAAACACAGUUAGUCAACUCACAGCAGACUGGAAGCAUACCGACCAGUCAAAUGUGUACGACACCGCAACAAACCCCGACCACCCCGACCCUAUGCACACCCGAAACUACAACACCCACAGGCUCCACUACAGAAUCACAAUCCUCAGGUGGAACUAACCAGUCAAAUGGACAGCAAAAUGGAACAGGGCAACACAUAGAAUGCGUGGUUUGUGGUGAUAAGAGUAGUGGUAAACAUUAUGGACAGUUUACAUGUGAGGGGUGCAAAAGUUUUUUCAAACGUUCCGUCCGACGAAACCUGAGCUACUCAUGCAGGGGGAAUCGCAACUGUCCGAUGGACCAGCACCAUCGCAAUCAGUGUCAGUAUUGUAGAUUAAAGAAGUGCCUGAAAAUGGGAAUGCGUAGAGAAGGUAGGUAGCCUCGUUAAAAUCAA